AUGCCACCACGCGUGGACCGUUUCGUAGUUCCUGAAAAGAGCUGGAAUGAGCUGAUACGACAUGCACAAUAUUGGAAGACUUUUGCACGUUAUGGUCUGAACACUUCACUUCAUCACUUCCGUCUGUUCACGGAUGAUUUGGGUUUCGAUCGUUUGCUGGUUUUGGGAGGUACUGGCCAGUGCUUUGAGCAGACUAUCUUUACUGCUCCACUAGCGCGUGACCCGGAUCCUUAUCCAACACAGCUUGUUCUUUCACCAUACUGUUUAGAAAGAAGUUUCCACAAGGGACCAACACCUGCUGAAUUAGCUGCGUUAUGCGAAAGACAGCGUACUUCUAUAGCAGUUGGUAUAUCUUCUUACAAACUUCAUCAGCCUUCCCAUUCGUUACUUUACUGUGACUCAUCUCAUCUUUUUCUUUUAAAGAAAAAUGUGUUUUAUCAAGUUGGUGAAGACGUUGAUGGAUGUCCUCUGAAUGCCGAAAUAUGCCCGUGUGAUCCCAAUCUUGUGGCUUUUGUGGCUAACCGUAACGUUUACAUUGACUGUUUUGGAAAGAUUAUCUACCAUACCUCAGCCGAAAAAGGUGUAACAAAUGGAUGUUCCUCUUAUAUAAUGCAGGAGGAAUUGAGCAGGUUUACGGGACUGUGGUGGAGCCCUGGGGAAGAGAAGUCUUUGCUUUACGAACAGGUUGAUGAACGCGAUGUUUGUGAAAUUCAGUUUUCGCGUCCUGGACAACCUCCGUCUAGUCCUAUGAGAUAUCCGCUUGCUGGUACCUCUAAUGCUGUUUCUUAUUUACGAAUGAUCUCUGUCAAAGGCACGGAAACAAAUUUCCAAGUUGGAUAUUUUAUUUUCUAUAUGCUCAUUGUUGCAUUGAUUACUGACUACGGUAUUACAGAAAAUCUUCACCAACUUUUUCCUUGGUAUGAGUACUUGGCACGUGUUGGGUGGCUGCCUGAUGGUAGUGCAGUAUGGGCGCUGCUUCUCAGCCGUUUGCAAGAUCAGUAUGUGCUUAUAUUGUUGCCAAAGGGUCUUUUUGCGGAGAAGAAGUCAGAAGCAGUGGGAAAGGUUAUUGUCUUGGUAGAGCGAAGGACUCGCGGUUGGUAUGACGUUAAAGUUUGGCUUUAUGCUGAUUGUACUUCUGAGAUUCGGCUUAGGAGAGCUUUUUUAGAGGAGUCACAAAUUGAUAGGUACAGCUAUCUAAAAGUAACUUCUUUAAAUGAAACCAUUAUUACCUGGGGCGAUUGGUGCAUUUUUAAAGCAGCUGGAUUACAUGUGGAUCCUACUCGUAAUCACGUUUAUUUCAUAAGUAAUAAAAACCACCCCACAGAAUCGAACUUAUGCGUGACUUCGUAUAAACAUGAAUGUGAGGCCAAAAUUUUAACAGAAGCUGGGUUGUCGUACAGAGAGGAAAGGACAGAUCUUGAAGUGGAGAUGGAUGAAAACAUUGGAUUUGUUUGCUGGGAAAGUUCAUUGGCUCUUCCACCUCGCUGUUCGUUUUAUAGAAUUAUGCAUAUCGCAGGAGAACAGCUGCCACGGGCGGUUCAGCAGCACAUAAUACAGUUACCUAGUUCUAGUCUUCUAAAUGAACAAGCAGUUUUAUCUCAAAAAACUGAUUAUCCGAUCAUAUUAGAGUAUGACUCUACAAAUUCUGGCCGGAAACAUUACGGGUUGCUACUUCGGCCUAUGAACUACACUGCUGGAACCUCUUAUCCGGUUGUUCAAGUUGUGUACGGCGGGCCAGGUGUGCAAAUGGUGCGAAAUUGUUGGUCUGGGUGGACAAGUUAUUUAAAAUUUACUAGUCUUGGCUAUGCUGUUGUUAUGGUAGACGGACGAGGCUCUUCAAAUCGUGGAUUUUCAUUUGAGUCACCUAUUGCUAAGCGACUCGGAACCGUUGAAAUAGACGAUCAAGUGGAAGGAUUAAAAAAAAUAGCAAGUAUAUCGGGCGACUUGCUAGACUUGGAUCGUGUCGCAGUUAUGGGUUGGUCAUAUGGCGGGUAUCUUGCUUUGCUGGCUCUUGCAAAAUAUCCUCAUGUCUACAGGGCUGCUGCAGUCGGUGGUGCUGUUACCUGCUGGCAAUUAUAUGACACUGCAUACACCGAACGAUAUCUCGGCUUACCUGCAGACCCUACAUAUAAAAAUGCGUCCGUUUUAAGCUACAUUAAUCAACUUCCAGAUGAGGAAAAUCGACUUCUUAUUGUCCACGGAUUAAUGGAUGAAAACGUUCAUUUUUCCCACACUGAAAAACUAAUUGAAGCACUUAUCGCGGCCAGGAAGCCAUACCGUCUUCAGAUCUUUCCUUCCGAGCGACAUGGCGUUCGUUCCGCUGAAGCCAACGACUUUCAUGAUGCCAUCACCCUAUCUUUCUUCCAGAAAGCACUUUCAGAAGCCCCAUGCAGCUAA